GCCUGGGCGCAGCCCAGGGCAGAGGGCACUCCUGAGCUGGGAAAACUGCAGUUCCCGGCAUGCUCUGCUACGGGUGCGCCUGCGUAUGGGAGCUACUGCGCCUAGGAGCGGGUUGGUUUAAAACGCUGUGUUAGUUCCAUUGAAACCCGCCAGCCUGCAGCAGUACGGAGCCUCAGGUGCACAGAUGGACUGUGGGGUGAGGCUACCCGGCCCUGGGCGGGUACAUAUGGAAACUACAGUGUCCAGACCGGUCCUUUCUCCAACCCACAUCAAUGCUACAGCUUCUGAAACAUUCACUGUACUUCAGCAGAGGAUGAGAAUAGUUGAGGAACAAACCAGUUCACUGAGGGAUGACCUAAUAAUGUUGGACUUUUGUGAAGAAAGAGGCCAGUUGGAAACUCCAAGCUGUUUAGAAGACCUGGAGAGCCAGAAAGUCAUUAGUCCUAUUCAAAAUGAAGUAAUUUGUGCAGGAAAAACUGACAUUUUAUGGAAGAACUGUGAGUUUCUGGUAAAUCGAAUGUGCCGUCUUGAAAGCCUCAUUCAGUCCUUGAAGAUGAACAUCUUUCGCCUGCAAACUGAAAAGGAUUUGAAUCCUCAGAAAACAGCUUUUCUGAAAGAUCAACUGAAUACAGUACAGGACGAGCAUUCUAAGGACCUGAAACUGUUACAUCUCGAAGUUAUGAAUUUGCGCCAGCAACUGAGAGCUGUAAAAGAGGAAGAAGACAAGGCACAAGAUGAGGUGCAAAGGUUGACUGCCACUCUGGAGAUUGCCUCGCAAACAAAGAAGAAUGCAGCAGUUAUUGAAGAGGAACUGAAGACCACAAAACGUAAAAUGAACCUUAAAAUUCAGGAGCUAAGGAGACAACUGGCUCAGGAGAAGUACCUUAGGGAAUCUUUAGAGAAAUCAGGAUCAGCCAUGCUCCUCAAAAUACAAGAAAUGGCAUCAACAGUGGAGGUAGAACGAAAACAGGUGCACAUUUUGCAGCAAAACUGCAUUGCUCUACGGGAUUCUAUACAGAGCACUCAAGAACUACUGGCCCAGGAACAGAAAAAAAAAGAAGAGUUGGAGACUGCUACUUCACAGCUCAAAUCUGAUCUAAUUUCUAGAGAUGAUCUCAUUUCCAAAUUGGUUGAAGAAAAUAAGAAUGUGCAGAUAUCUUUCAACAAGGAACACAAAGAAAAUGAAUAUUUGAGGUCUGAAAUAAUAUCUCUUCAUGAAGCAUCAGAAAAAGCACAAGUUUUGAAUGACCAGUUGACUAAAAAGUGUUCAGAGCUGAGCUGCACACUUCAGACUGUUAGUAUGGAGAAAGCCAGAAUCAUUGCUGAGCAUCAGGCCAUUCUGCAGGUAGAGCAGAAAAUGAUGACGCAGACAUUUCAAGAACAAAACUUACUGCUGGAUGCAGCCCAUGCCAGUAUCACAAAUGAACUACAGACUGUUCAGAAUGAGAAAACCCAACUCCAAGAACAUCUGGAUCAUUUAAUCCUUGAGCAUAACCAGUGUAUCCAGAAAGCACAGGAUGCUGAAAAGAGAACAUCUGUGCAAAAAGAGCUGCUAGAAUCAACUAUUGCAAGAUUGCGAGGUGAAUUGGAAGCAUCAGUGCAAGAGAAGAAGUUUCUGCUAGAGGAGAAAGAAAGAUUUCAGAGGGAGGUUAAUAAAACAGAAAAAGAAAUAGCACAAGAAAGAUGCAAUUUGGAAAAAGAAUUAGCUAAAAACAAGGUAGACAUAAACACAUUAACCCAGAACCUGCAGACUCUUGAAGAAGAGAAUAAGCAACUGACAGAUCGAAUGGCUUCCCUAGAACUUCAGCAAGUCACUUCUGAUUACCAUGGGCUUGUCCAACAGAAGGUGGAAAAUGUCUUGGGAAAAAUUACUGAAAGUAAAAAUAAACUGGCCUAUGAAAAGGGAAAACUCCAGAUAAAAGUUAAACAGCUAGAAGAACAAGUACAAUCUUUUACUGACACCAGCUUACAGAAUGACCAACUACGAAAGUUGAAUAAGGUGCUACAGGCCAAAUAUGUUCAGGCAAACUCAGAACUCAGUGCCAAGAAGGUACACCUGCAACAGGCAGAUGCUCGCCUGAAAGAGGUGAAAUCUAUUCUUGAAAGAAGUAAAGAGGAGCUGUCCCGAACAGUGAAGUGUCGUAAUGCAGCCCUGAAAGAGAGUCAGAAGUUGAAAGAGGACCUGGAGGCUAUGGAGGACAGGGAAAACAAGAAGGUGGGAAACUUUCAGCGACAAUUGGCGGAGGCUAAAGAAGACAACUGCAAAGUCACAAUCAUGUUGGAGAAUGUCCUGGCUUCUCACAGUAAGAUGCAAGGUGCUCUGGAGAAAGUACAAAUAGAGCUUGGGCGGAGGGAUUCAGAGAUUGCAGGCCUCAAGAAAGAAAGGGAUCUCAAUCAUCAGAGGGUGCAGAAGCUGGAAGCUGAAGUGGACCAGUGGCAAGCCAGGAUGCUCGUCAUGGACGACCAGCACAACAGUGAGAUUGAAUCUCUACAAAAAGCUCUAGAUGUAGCUAGAGAAGACAACAGGAAACUGGCUAUGAGUCUGGAACAAGCUCUCCAGACAAAUAAUCAUCUGCAAACAAAGCUAGAUCAUAUGCAAGAGCAAUUAGAAAGCAAAGAACUUGAGCGACAGAAUUUGGAAACCUUCAAAGAACGGAUGACUGAAGAGUCCAAAGUGGAAGCAGAAUUGCAUGCUGAACACAUAGAAACUCUAAGAAAGCAGUUUCAAACCGAGAGAGAAACUGCAAAGAAAGUGGCACAACGGGAAGUGGCUGAGCUGAAGAAAGCCCUUGAUGAAGCUAACUUCAGAUCAGUGGAAGUGUCCCGGACCAACCGAGAGCUGCGACAGAAACUUGCAGAGCUAGAAAAAAUGCUAGAAAGUAACAAGGAGAAAAUAAAGAAUCAGAAGGCCCAAAUUAAGCUCCACUUGUCAGCUAAGGCGAAUAAUGCUCAGAAUAUAGAAAGGAUGAAGCAAAUAGAAACAGAAUUGAAGCAAAUGGAGCUAAUUAAGGAUCAGUAUCAGAAAAAAAACUUUGAACAGUCUUUGAGUAUCCAGAGAUUCGUGUGUGAAAUGACUAACCUGCAGAAAGAGAUGCAGAUGUUGGCCAAGAGCCAAUAUGAUGCCUCAGUACGGAAUAAACAACAGGAGCAGCACCUAGAAGCAGAGCGGAAAAUAAGGCAGGAGCUAGAGAAUCGGUGCCAGAAAUUAGAAGAAACUGUCAGACACCUGAAGAAAUGUAAAGAGGCAACAGAGAAUAAACUGAAAGAAGCCAGUGUCGAAUCAGAACAGAUAACAGCUAACCUGGAAGAAGCUCAUCGCUGGUUUAAGCACAGGUUUGAUGGUCUACAACUUGAGCUGACAAAAAACCGGUUACAGAGGCCUUCCGGGGAAGACAGGUGUCAGGAAGAGGACCAAGAUGUAAGACAUGAUGUCAUGUCCAGUCAAUGUGUUCUGCGUCGAUGGGAGAAAAAACAGAAUCUUAGGCCCAUGCCUAAGAAGUAUCAUUCUGAGGUACAGAGGAAGUGAUGUCCUUGACAAGGGCACUUCUUCAUGUAUAGCUCCACUCCAUGAUUCCAUGAGCCCAGCAGCCAGGGCUGUCCUGUUUCUACAGUCAUAAGAACGUGAAGUCUUUGAUGUGGGCUGAAGAUUUCAGACCUGAGUUUAUAAUUUUAUGAACUCUUAUAUUAGUACAAAACUACUCCUUUUUUUGUGUGUGUCCCUUUUCACAUUUUCCGCCCAAUAAAUUUAUGUUAAUUUGUUGAAUGAUA